GUGCAUCGCUCAGGCCACGCCGUGUCUCUGGCGUCGGGAGCGGCUUGGGCUGUUGUGCGCUGCCAGCAUGGGCCGAAGUGCCCACUCUCUCGGUCACGGAGCCCGAGCUGACCCAGUGCGGAGCUUCAAUCGCUGGAAGAAGAAGCACAGCCACCGGCAGAGCCAGAAGAAGGAGUUAAGGAGGCAGCGGAAGAAGCCGGAGUGGCAGGUCGAGCGCGAGGUGAUCGGCCGGCUCACGCAGAGCUACGAGACGAAGCUGCUCUUGGUUGGGUGAUUUCUACCAGCAAUGUGAACUGGACUGCAACAUCUUGAUUCCACAAUCACCCCUGCUACUUUGGAGCAGAACUAUAUCGUUUGUGAGCUACAGCAGAAAAUAAUUGUGUUGUAUUCCUUCUUGAGAAGCCACUUGAAGAACAAGAGUAUUGUCUUUUUCUCCAGCUGCAAACAGAAUUGGUGAAUCUUGGGUCUUCCCAGUAAUUUCUGCCAUCUGUACAAUAAGACGGAUUCUCCAAGUAAGGGUACAAAGAGGAUGGAGAAGCGUUGUUAAUUUUGCUCCCCUCUGAAGAACAAGGGAUGGUGCAGCAGCUUCCCCAGAAGAAGGUACCUGUGAAGGAAAUCAAUUAAAAGAAUCAAUCCAGAAAAACUAAGAUGUGCAGAAGAAAUUGGAAUCCUUUUUAGGCCAAGAUCAAGAUUUAAAAGAAAGAGCUCAAAGGUCAGUGUCAUCUUCAUAUCAACAAAUAAGAGUUCCUGUUAUGAAGCUCUGCCUUUUCUGCUGCUGUAUAGUGUUCUUCCAUGAUCUUUGCUUCUCUCUAAUCAUAUCAACAAUGAGCUAGAUAGUAAGAAUUCAUCAAGUAGAGGAGUUGGGAAGAAGAAGGAAUGAGGAGAUGUGGAAUGAUGUGGAUGGAGUAGCCCAGGUGGAGAAACAUUGAAUUGUGUUUUGUCUCCUAUAUACGUUUAGUAUAUCUUAUGAAGCACAAAGAAGUAUUUGAUGUGAGCAAGUUACCUAUUCCCGAAUAUGCACUUGCUCUGUAUCUAUACCAUAUUAUCUCUCUUGAAGAAAAGGUUUCUUGGUCUUGCUGUUCCACCAAGAGUACAAUUUCUUCAGAAAAAGGAGAAACAGCCCACUAAAAUAUUGAGCAGGAGUCCAAAAACUGAAGAAACUCAGCCUUGGGCUCCCACCCUCACCAAUGACUGUGUGGAAAAUUUUAGAGCCUAUUUGAGUGAGAAAAUGUCCAUUCUUCAGAAAAGUGGGAAAGUUCUAGAAAGGACAGAAUACAGACUGGCUAAUGGUAGUAGGGAUGGAGAACAGGAAGAAGAGGAGGAGGAGGAAGAUGAAGUAAUGGAAGAGAAACUGAGCAAAGCAACAGGGCUCCAGACUGAAUGUGUUCCCAAAGUUAAUGAGACACAGAAGGUGAAGGAAGUUCCUGUGCGGUUCUUGGACAGAAAUGAUGAGGAGGAAGAUGAGCCUGAUGCUGAUUUCGUGAUGGUGAAGCAGUGUGACAUGUUUGGUUUGUAUCUUAAAGAGAAUAAAGCAUUACAUGUAAGUUUGUUCCCAAUGAUGAGACUUGUGUUGUCCUUUCUUCAUAGUGCUUGUCUUUGGGGAACUCAAAAAAAACAGAAACAAAAACAAGUGGACCUGGAGAGAUGGCUGAGUGGAAAUAACCAUACAUACCAAGAAGACGGGCAGAAGAAGCAGUCAAGCUCAUGUGUCAUCUCGGCCCUUUCUGCAGGCCACUAUCUGCUCCUGUGGCUGAUGAAGGGAGCCAGGAGCAGCGAAGCAGAACAGUCCCAGGGAGACUGCCACGCAGAUGUGACAUGACAGUGGGAGCCAGGG